AUGGAUAGACGCUAUGGUGUUCAUGUACGACGAAUUAAAAGGUCUCGUCGUUCACUAUUUAUUUGUCUUUUAUGUGCAGUAACCAUACUGUAUUUAUUCUCCAAAUGGAUUCCAAGUAGAAUUACUCCUGCAAAUAUUCCAAAUGAAAUGUGUCUUGAUGUAAAAUUAGAUUCUUAUUCACGUGAAGUAGAUGAUAUGAGCACAAUUAUUAAUCAUCAACCAAUUAAAUAUGGAGAAAUAGUUUCAUUACCGUUCACUGGUAAUGGUUAUAUUGGUCUAUCUCUUUCGUUACAAUCUCGUUUACAACUGAUGUAUGAUCGCACAUUCGUUUCCACCGCCUAUUCACCGCUUGUUCAAAUUACAUCCGAUACAUGGCACGAAUCAUCAGCUAAUGUUCUUCAAAUGAGAACAGGUCUUGUUAGACGAAUAUCCUGCUUUAAACAUGAUGGUACAAAAUCCGCCUAUGUUAAACAUUUGCUCUAUGCUCAUCGAACGAAACCGUCGUUAUUAAUACAAGAAGUUGAGAUAUCAAAUCCGUCAGAUUAUACACUCGAUCUUGACUUUAAACAAAUAGAUGAAACAAAGUCAUCGACAACCACAAAACAAUUAGAUCAGCAAGAUAUUAGUUUUACUAGUGAUGUGUCUUCAUCUAAUGAUUUAUUUACUCUUACAACAUCUCAAAUAUCCGUUCGUCCACAUAAUAAUAACUUUGUCAUUAUGGUUACUUUAUCUCAAAAAUUAAGAACAACUCAAGCACAUAUUAAGCCUGGUAGUGAUGAUAAAUUUACUCUCUAUCUGAUAACAAAAUUUUCUUCUCUACUAUCUGAUAAUUUAAUGGCUAACGAUACAUACGUUAGACAAUAUACACAAACAUUACAAAAACAAGCGAAAGAAGAUAUGAUAUCUGCUCUACAAUCAUCAAUAUUUAAAUUAAGAAAAGAACACAUUGACGCAUGGAACUCGAUUUGGCAUAGUGGUUUUUCGAUAUCUCGUUCCUUGGCCCCACAAGCGACCAAUGGUGAUAUAAUUAAUCGAACGUUGUACUAUAUUCUUUGUUCCACACCUGCUCCUCUCUACGAUCUCAGAUUGAACGAAACAAAAAGAGAAGAAUUAAAACAAAAUUUAUAUCAAACAGAUCGAUGUUACGAUGAACACAGUACAUUAGCGGGAAAGAAAUUGUGGCUGAAUCGUGGCGAUGACUUGGCCGUAUCUCAAUUAAACUCUUUAUGGAGAUUAACAUUAGGGAAAAAAGGGUGUACAAAACUAUUACAAUCGGGUGCUGAUGGUAUAUUACAAGCGAUGUUACUAUCGGUGGGCGGUCUUCGUUUUCGUAAUCAUCAUUUAGAAAUGUAUUUGGAUCCAAAAGACUUACAUCGUGAUAUGUUAUUCUACAGAAUUAAUUUUGGUAAAAAUCUUCAAUUAAACAUUACAUUACAAGUGGAAUUAGAUAAUAGAGCUGUGAUUUAUGCAUCCGUUGAUAAAGACGAUUCUAAUUCAUAUGCGUGUGAUGCUGGAUGUCUUGAUGCACCAGCAAAAUUAAGUACAACUCCUGUUCGUUUCCCAGUUAAAAUGACCCAGCCACCAACAGCUAUUUUAUAUGUUACCGAAGAUUUUGAACAUAUUAGUCAAUUGAAAGACACAAUACAUGUCCGAGAAGUCGAAAUAGCUCCACCGCAUGGUCAUGAUAUAUUAGCAUUACAUCGUCAUGGACAUAAAUUAGGCGGUUUACCGCUCACAUUUUGGAUAUCACUCAUUAUUCUAAUUCUUAUAUUUCAUUUAUUUCUUCUCAAAAUUGUUCUCAACGAAAUGGGUUAUUUCAAUAAACAAAUAUUACCCACGCACAAUCGACCUAGAGUAUUGUGA